AUGGCUGGAGCCUAUAAAUAUGACCUGCUCCUAGAACUCGACGACAGGCCUCGAAGCCUGGUAGCCACACUGGUUUGCCCGCAGCCGCACGAGCUAAUAGAUGACUAUUAUGGCAAUCUACGACUGGAUGAGCAUGUACGAGAGCACUUCCUACGGGUGAUGGACCUGGAGAUUGACCUCGGGGUCUCCAGGCAGACUCUGCAACUCGCGCCGGCACAGGAGAGCUGCCGAGAGCACGUUGAGCAAGGGCGGCUGCCAACCCUGCAACGGCAGCUGGUGGUGCCAGCAAAAGCGCGGGUUUUGGGCUUCAAGUACCACGAGGCCGUUGAGGCCGCAACGGGCUUCGCCCGGGUUCACGACCUUUGCGUCCUCAUGGAGGAGGAAGGGAAGCUGUACCUGGAGCCGCUCUCCCGUAUCUGCAUAGACCGACUCUCGCAACACCUCCCUGGCCGAGUUCGCUGGCUGCCACCGGCAUUGGAAGCGGUAGAGAAGAUAGACAAGGAAGGCCUGGACGUCACGGAGCUCCCGGAGGUAGAUGGCCUCCAGAUCCUUCGGGGCUCGAUGGACCACAUCGUCGACUCCCACUACAAGGAGGGCAUCGGACCCGUGGAAAGCUCUGUCUUUCUCCAAGGUGAUGUGGUGGGUGGACCUGCGCUGUUCUACAUCGACAUCGUGUUGGACGUCAAACAGCUUGUGCUCUUCUACGGCAGUGGUCUGCACGGAUACCUCCUCCUGAACAUGAUGGGGAUGGCCAUGCCCAUCAUUUUCACCACCUGGGACGCGAUCAGGUUCGUGGGCACCCGGUCAGCGGACCUCGAUGCGAUGACUGUCUGGAUCCCUCCGACCAUCCUUUUGCCGCUCUUGGUCAUCGCAACGAUCUCCCAGACUUUGAUGCUUCUUCUGGCUUUGGUUUCCGCCGCCACCGGCAAGAAGCAGCCGCUGCUCUCGGGAGCCAAGUUUGCAGAGGUGGCCGAGUCUGCGACAUCGGCACUUGUACAGACAAACUUUCUGAUCUCUGCCCUGGGGGGCGUUUCACAGAUUCAAGCGCUGGAGUUAUCGGAGGAGCAGCUGCAAAGCAUGCAGCUGUCAGUAGCCGUGUCCUGUUUGUCCCUUGGCCUGGGUUUCGCCAGCCGCGAUAAGGCGGACUCGGCAGUGCUCGGCCUUCCCGGGAAACUCGGGUGGGACGCGACGAUGGCAGCCCUCGUCCUCACGAGAUGUAUGGAGGUGUCUAGCAGAAUCUUUGCGUAUAACAUCCUACAAGUCUCCGUGAGGGGAUGGCCGCUGCUGCGUUUCGGCAGCCUCGUAGCAGUAGGCCUGGUGCUGGUGUCAGCCCGACUCCUCUUCCCGGACGCCUCCCUGGCAGAUGUGGCAGCGUCCACCAUCGCCCAUCCGGGGCAGAUCUUGGAGCCCAGCUCGCUGCUGCCUCUUCAGCAUUCGCUCUGCCUCCACAGCCUUCUCGUCGCGGCUGCUGGUGCAUCUCAGCUCGUCUUGCAUACCAGCGAAGCUCCAGAUGCAUCGAAGGCCACCCCCCAUUGCACGUGUCGUUGUUGGGGGGCAACACUCCUCCGAUUGUGA